UUCUUUUCUACAUAGUCGGCAGCAGAGUAUGUGAAGUCCCGCCUGCCUGAAGUCCUGAAACAACAUCUUCAGGACUAUGAGAAGGACAAGGAGAACAGUGUGAUGUCCUAUCAGACCAUCCUGGAACAGCAGAUUUUAUCAAUUGAUCGAGAAAUGCUGGAAAAAUUGACUGUAUCCUAUGACGAAGCAGGUACAACUUGUUUGAUUGCGUUGCUGUCAGAUAAAGAGCUCACUGUGGCCAAUGUUGGUGAUUCGCGAGGCGUGCUGUGUGACAAGGACGGGAAUGCCAUCCCCCUGUCACACGACCACAAGCCCUACCAGCUGAAAGAGAGGAAGAGGAUUAAAAGAGCUGGUGGAUUUAUCAGCUUUAAUGGCUCCUGGCGUGUUCAGGGCAUCCUGGCCAUGUCCCGCUCAUUAGGAGAUUACCCUCUGAAGAACCUGAAUGUUGUCAUUCCUGACCCUGAUAUUCUCACCUUUGACCUGGACAAACUGCAGCCAGAGUUCAUGAUCCUGGCAUCUGAUGGUCUGUGGGAUGCCUUCAGCAACGAGGAAGCCGUCCGAUUCAUCAAGGAACGCUUGGAUGAGCCACACUUUGGAGCCAAGAGUAUAGUUCUACAGUCAUUUUACAGAGGGUGUCCCGAUAAUAUAACAGUGAUGGUGGUGAAGUUCAGGAAUAGCAGCAAAACAGAAGAACAGUAAUUACCAGUGGUUCUUUGCCUCACCGAACUUAAAACAAACUCUUACAUUUUAAACAUAGUGGAAAGCUCUAGUAAAUCCCAUUAAGAUUCCACGCAGAAAGAACAGAUUCCUCUGGGCUUUGUUCUUUGCUUAACAAAAGGAGCAAUAUAACAAAUACAUUUUGUGUGAUGAUAAGAAUUAAGUUUCUUCACAAGCACCUGUCUCCUGUGACCUUGCUGCUCCUUAGAAGCCAACUGUAAUCUUUCAUUUCACAAUUUCCUUUACAAAUCCCAUGUAUGCUUUUCAUUUCUCACCUCUCCUUUCUAAAAGAGGUUCGUUCAGAUACACAGCAGGGUCAGGGCAGUACUGCUGCUUAAUAGCAAGUGAUAGGAAUGAUGUUGCUUUUUCACUUGUAGAUGUGACGUUUCAGAACAAUGCUCUAAUGUUUCUCAUCUCUUUUUUAAUCUGCAGUGAUAAGGUUGUGUUGGAAAAGGUUUGUAAUUGUUGGUCUGUUACGAAGGAGGGAAAAGAGCCAACUACUAGUCUGCUAUCACAGAACUGGCUCUCACACUUUGUUUUUUCCACCGUCAAUUAAACAAAUUCCUGCCAAGCAUGUGGUUAGGUAUAGCUACUGAAUUACCUGAAGACAGGUUUAUUCAACCUGUGCAUUCCUUUAAUAACGUUUAUUCUAUGCUAUGUUGUAAUGUUAAGCUCCAUCAAAAUACUCCGAAGUCUGUCACCUUCUCUAUCAAAAAAAUAGCUCUACUGUGAUAGAAGAAUGAGUGCUAUUCACUGAGACUCCUUCCUAUUAGGUUCUUGGCAUGGACUUUUCACAGUCAAGUAAGAAAACAAUGCAAGAUAAAAUUAAUUGCAUUAGUUUUUGUAAAACUAAUCAAAGCAGAGUGCUCUAUGGAGCUGCCUAGAUGGAAGUCAUGGCUACGAAAACUUUGUACCACUGCAGAUUAAUUUGUGGUUUUAAUCUGGGGGAAGACCACUUUAGGACUGAGUUUUGGUAUAGUAUAUAAAUGCCAGACAGUGUAAUUGCACUGUUCAGUUGAAAGCUUGUGAUAAAUCUAGAUAAAAAUAUUUUUUUAUCUAACUUUCAGUAUUUAAUUAUACUUUGGAAUCUGUGACUAUUGUCUAAGCUGUACAUCUGAUAACUCAGUUGGCCACUUCACAAACAAGUGGCAGCAGUGGUGGUGUACAGGACGUGUUUUAGAGGAACACAUCAGGGCCUGAGGUAGAUGUUAAUAUUUUGGGUGGCUUGCUUCCCUGUAUCAUGUCCCCUAGGAUCCCUUCCCUUCAAAACAUGGUCCUCUGGAUGAUCCGCUGAAGUCUCUUGUCUGCAAGGUAAUGGAGGUACUCAGUCCCUGGGCCCUGAGCUAAAGCAGGGAUAUAAUGUGGUAACUGACGCUGUCUGUUUCUUGGAUGAAGAUACACAAUGAAUUAGAUGAAAAACUGCCUUGUGCUUAUCACCCACCUGGAGUGUUUUUUGAGAAAGGGGCUUGCAGUCUCAAAUACUGUCAUCUGUUGUGGUUGUGUUGGGCAGGUAUGAUAUCUCUCAAGACAGAAAUGAAAGAACACAAAUUCUGCUUUCCACUCACGAAAGAAUUCUCAUCUUAGUCUUUUCACUUUGAUUUCUAGGUGAUCUCUUCCCUAACAACCUUAGUUUGUUUGGGGAUCUUAAUUAGAUAUGUUGCCACUGACAGUGCCCUUCCAAUUGUAUACGUGUCCUUAAAUGUCUACAUUCUCUCCUCCUUCAAAACUGUGAGUAUUUGGGCUCUGAGUAAUGGUUAAUGCAUGCCAGUGAGCAACAGAAGCAUGAAAGUGUCCAGCGUGCUCUGAAACUCCCUGCACUGUCCCUCCCCAGAGGAUGGA